CCUGCUGGCGCCACGUGGUGCUGACUUGUAGAACAGUGUCAGGGCGACUGCAGUGGCUUCAAGAAUGGACAAGAAAAUAGAGACGGACAGCCUCGAAAUGCGUCUCCAGGCGCUGGAGGAAAGAAUAUACGGCGAGAAGAGGAACAAAAGCGGGAAACCCGUGAAGAGUGCAGAGUCUUUGGCCGGGAUUCAAGCAGGUCUGACCAACACGGCCAACAAAAGAGAGCGAGUAAAGAUCCUGCACAAGAAGAUUGAGGACCUGAUGAAGUACCUGGACCCCCAGUUCACUGACUACAUCACUGUACCAGAUGCGAUGAAGCUGGAGUUCAUCCUUGCCGAGGAGGACUUCUUGCUGUCUCAAGCUGCUCUGCUAGAGCAAGUCAACACCCUGCAGCCGCUGUUGGAUAGCACCUACAUAAGAGAUGUGCCUGAACAUGCAACAAAACUGCAGCGUCUGUCACAAAUUCACAUCAAAGAACAGGAUCAAACUGAGGCUCAGUCACAGGAAGUCAAGAAGCUCUUUGAGGAAUACAACAAAAUGAUGUUCUUGCUGUCCAAGCAGUUCACCCACUGGGAUGAAACUCUAAGAAAGAUGGAGGAGGCCAAAGGAAUCCGACCUGUGGAAUAGCGACUAUCAUCACAGUCGCCUAAGACGAGGAGAGAGAUGAAGAAAAC